AUGAGCAUCAAGACAGACACGCCUGUGACAAAGAAGGCACGUGAAGGUGUGAUGGAGUUCCUCCUGGUGAACCACCCUCUAGACUGUCCCAUCUGCGAUCAAGGAGGCGAGUGUGAUCUGCAGGAUCAGAGCAUGGUGUUUGGAGGGGACCGCUCUCGUUUCACGGACAUGCACCGCUCAGGAAAGCGGGCUGUGGAGGACAAGAACAUGGGACCUCUAGUCAAGACUGAGAUGACCCGUUGUAUCCAGUGUACUCGGUGCAUUCGGUUUGCAAAUGAUGUGGCGGGCAUUGAUAGUCUCGGAUCAACUGGCCGCGGCAAUGACAUGCAAAUAGGCACAUACGUAGAGAAGUGUCUUAAGACCGAGAUGUCCGGCAAUGUCAUUGAUCUGUGUCCCGUGGGCGCCCUAACCUCUCGGCCAUACGAGUUCAAAGCGCGCUCAUGGGAGUUGCGCAAGAACGAGAGCAUUGAUGUGAUGGACGCAUGUGGUUCCAACAUCCGCAUCGACACACGGGGCGGCGAAGUUAUGCGAGUACUCCCGCGCCUGAACGAAGAGAUCAACGAGGAGUGGAUCCACGACAAGACGCGCUUCUCGUACGAUGGUCUCAAACGCCAACGUCUACAGACGCCCAUGCUUAAGGAGGCUGGCAAGUUCCGAAAGGUGUCGUGGGAGGAGGCCUUGCAGGUAGCCGCCCGAAAGAUCCAGGAAGCUGGUACAGCCGUAACCGGGUUGGCCGGGCAGUUUGCGGAUGCUGAGGCGAUGGUGGCUCUUAAGGAUCUGCUAAACCGCGGGAAUUCUGAGGAGUUAUACACCGAGCAGAAGUUCCCAGUGUCGGGCAGUGGCUUGGACUUGCGAUCAAACUAUCUCAUGAACAGUGGUCUGGCCGGCGUAGAGGAGGCCGAUGUGCUGCUGUUGGUCGGUACCAACACCAGAUACGAAGCGCCUGUGUUUAACGCACGCGUGCGUAAGAACUACGUCCAUGGUAUUGUGGACAUUGGCGUCAUCGGGGAUGGCCUCAAUGAACUCAACUUUGGAUACGAACACCUGGGCAAGGACGCCGCUGCGCUUAAGGAACUUGCCAGCGGAAAGGGCGAUUUCUACAAGAAGCUCAUGGGCGCUACCAAGCCAAUGAUUGUAGUAGGCAGUGACGCCCUAAUGGGUGAUGACGGGGAUGCUAUCUUGGCCGCAGUAAAUGCCUUGGCCGAUAAGACCAAGCCCGAGGCUGGCUGGAAGUCCAUCAACGUACUGCACAAGAACGCCAACCAAGUUGCUGCUCUCGAUAUUGGGUACACACCCGGAGCCCUCAAGAAUAAGGCCGAAGUUCUGUACCUAUUGGGAGCGGAUGGAGGGGUUGUGCGUGACGCUAGCAACAAGGAUGCCUUCGUCAUCUACCAGGGCCACCAUGGAGACAACGGCGCCCACGCAGCGGAUCUGAUCCUGCCGGGUGCCGCUUAUACUGAGAAGGAUGCGACAUAUGUCAAUACAGAGGGUCGCAGCCAGCACACCCGUCGCGUGGUCAACCCUCCUGGGCUUGCACGUGAGGACUGGCAGAUCAUCCGAGCCAUCUCACAGGUGGCUGGUAUGACGCUGCCUUACGACACCGCGGCUGAGCUGAGACAGAGAAUGGAGGAUAUCUCGCCCACGCUCACCAAGUACAAUGUCAAGGAAGCCGCCAACUAUUUUAA